AAAGCAGUUGCUGAGUAGCCACAGCGAGAAGCUGGCUAUUUCUUUUGGACUCCUGAAUACAACAGCUGGUACAACUAUUCACGUUAGAAAGAAUCUGCGGGUCUGCGCUGACUGUCACACUGCUACAAAAUACAUUUCCCUUGUGACCGGACGGGAAAUUGUAGUACGAGACAUGCAACGGUUUCACCAUUUCAAGAACGGUGCCUGUUCAUGCGGAGAUUACUGGUGAGAUGACCUCCACCCAAAACACUGAUGACCUAGUCUGAAGUAGAAGCCUUCAUAGAGAGCUACAAUUUGUUGUAUUAUAAAACAUGGUGUGUGCUGAUCACGAAUGAUGAUAUCUUCGCUAUAGAUAUAUGGGCAAAGUCUCGUUUGGAAUCCUCCAGUUCUUUCAGUUAAUCAAACUUAAGGUUUUUCUUCAUUACAUUCGGAUCUGAAGGAGAGCUCUUUUGGACAGAUGGGAAUACACUUGGGAGAGAUUGGUAUUGUUCUCUUUCCUUGCUUUCUCUUGUUAAGUAUAUUCUUAAGUUGUGGCUAUGCAGCUAUAACUACUUCAAGUCCUUUGACAUUGGGACAAACUCUGAGUUCCCCUGGUGGAACUUAUGAGUUAGGAUUCUUCACACCUAACAACUCUCAGAAUCAGUAUGUCGGGAUCUGGUUCAAGAAAAUUACACCACGGGUGGUUGUGUGGGUGGCUAACAGAGAAACGCCGAUCACAAAUCCUGUGGCAAACCUUACUAUCAGCAGUAAUGGUAGUCUUAUUUUGCUUGACAGCAGAAAAAAUGUUGUUUGGUCAACCAGAAGACCUUCCACAUCUAACAACUGUCAUGCAAAGCUCUUAGAUACUGGAAAUCUUGUCAUCGUUGAUGAUGUUUCAGGAAAUCUUUUGUGGCAAAGUUUCGAGAAUCUUGGUGAUACUAUGUUGCCUUACUCAUCGCUGAUGUACAACCUUGCCAAUGGGGAGAGGCAAGUAUUGAGUUCAUGGAAAAGCCACACUGAUCCAUCCCCUGGUGAUUUUGUAGUUCAGCUAACGCCACAAGUGCCAGCACAGGUAAUUACUAUGAGAGGCUCGACACUUUAUAAGAGAAGCGGUCCAUGGGCUAAGACCGGGUUCACUGGCGUACCACUAAUGGAUGAAUCGUACACAAGUCCAUUCAGCCUUUCACAAGAUGUAGGAAAUGGAACAGGGUACUUCUCUUAUUUACAGAGAAAUUCUGAGUUUACACGAGUCAUCAUAACAUCAGAGGGAUAUCUAAAGACUUUUAUGUACAAUGGGACAGGCUGGGUUUUGAAAUUUGUGACUCCAGCGAAUUCAUGUGAUGUGUAUGGUGCAUGCGGACCUUUUGGAUUGUGUGUGACGUCCACUCCCACAAAGUGUAAAUGCAUAAGAGGGUUUGUACCAAAAUACAAGGAGGCGUGGAAGGGCGGGAACACGACUUCUGGAUGUGUGAGACGUACAGAAUUAUCUUGUCAGGCAAAAUCAUCUACAAAAACACAAGGAAAAGGAUCAGACGUCUUCUAUCGUCUGGCUAAUGUAAAGCCUCCGGAUCUCUACGAAUACGCAAGCUUUGUGGAUGCAGAUCAAUGCCACCAGGGUUGUCUCAGCAAUUGCUCUUGCACUGCUUUUGCGUAUAUUACUGGAAUUGGAUGUUUGCUAUGGAGUCAAGAGCUAAUAGACACAGUUAGAUAUUCCAUUGGAGGAGAGUUUCUUUCCAUUCGUCUCGCAAGUUCAGAACUGGCUGGAAGCAGGAAAACCAAGAUUAUUGCGGGUAGUAUCAGCCUUUCCAUUUUUGUGAUUUUAGCCUUUGCCUCAUAUAAGUACUGGAGAUACAGAGCGAAGCAAAAUGAUUCAUGGAAAAAUGGUUUGGAAACACAAGAAAUCUCAGGUUUAACAUUCUUUGAGAUGAAUACUAUACGAGCUGCUACCAAUAACUUCAAUGUUUCAAACAAACUCGGUCAAGGUGGAUUUGGUCCGGUUUAUAAGGGAAAACUGUCAGACAGGAAGGAAGUAGCCGUUAAACGUCUUUCUAGUAGCUCAGGACAGGGCACAGAAGAGUUCAUGAACGAAAUAAAACUAAUCUCAAAACUACAACACAGAAACUUGGUUCGGCUUUUGGGAUGUUGCAUUGAUGGAGAAGAAAAGCUACUAAUUUAUGAGUUUCUAGUGAACAAAAGCCUCGAUAAUUUUCUCUUUGAUUUGACGCUAAAGCUUCAGAUUGAUUGGCCUAAGAGGUUCAACAUCAUUCAAGGUGUUGCACGUGGGCUUCUCUAUCUUCAUCGUGACUCAUGCCUGAGGGUCAUACACCGAGAUCUGAAGGUCAGCAACAUUCUCUUGGACGAGAACAUGAACCCAAAAAUUUCAGAUUUUGGAUUGGCUCGGAUGUUUCGAGGAACCCAACAUCAAGACAACACUCGUAGGGUUGUUGGAACUUUAGGAUACAUGUCUCCCGAGUAUGCUUGGACUGGGAUGUUCUCAGAGAAGUCUGACAUAUAUGCUUUCGGAGUUCUGCAGUUAGAAAUCAUAAGCGGGAAGAAGAUUUCAAGCUUUAGCUGUGGAAAGGAAGGCAAAACCCUUCUUGAAUAUGCAUGGGAAUCUUGGCUGGAGACCGGUGGAGUGGAUAUGCUGGAUCAAGGUAUUAGCAGCUCGUGUUCUCCGGUUGAAGUCGCUCGAUGUGUUCAGAUUGGUCUACUCUGCAUCCAACAACAAGCUAUUGAUAGGCCAAACAUUGCUCAAGUGGUGUCCAUGAUCACAAGUGCAACAGAUCUUCCGACUCCAAAGCAACCAGUCUUUGCAUUGCAGAUUCAAGAUCAAGAGAGUGUUGUCUCAGUGAAUCAUAUAACACAAACGGAGAUAUAUGGGAGAUAAACUGAGGUACAAUAUGGGAGCUAGCUCGUGUGUAUAUAUAUAUAUUUAAAAGCCCUCCAGUCGUCUGUUGAUGGAGAUUAGAGAAGCAAGACAAAACAAUGGUCAAAAGACAUUGUUCAAGUUUGGUAUUGAAUCGUUCACUGAAAAGACAUCGUUCAAGUGUUGUGGAAUGGCUACCACACGAUGUUGUAGAGCACAUCCUCGAGAGACUUCCUGUGAAGUCUCUGCUGAAAUUCAAGUCUGUAUCCAAGAACUGGAAAUCCACAAUCGAUUCCCAAUGUUUCCAGGAACAACAGUUGGUCCGUCGUAUUGAAUCACGAGGUCCAGAUGUCCUUUUCGUUUACCUCAGUUCUUUUGGUGAUGAUGGUCUGGGCACAGAUCUCAGAAUUGUGUUCGGGUCGUCCAUCAUAGUUCAUACGGUCAGGUUCCCUUCUUCGGGCAGCAUGAUCUGCCACGGCAGUUGUGACGGUCUACUAUGCCUCUACUGUUUUUACACACCGAGUGUCGUGGUGAAUCCCGCCACCCGAUGGCAUCAGACUUUUCCUCUUUCCUGCAUUCAACAGCUCCUCGUUGACAGUGGGUUGUGAGCCAACUUGAAAGAAGCAUUAGGAGAAGCUGCUGUUGGAAACAGAGGAUCUCAUAAUCUCUUACGAAAUAAAGAGACACGUGAGUACACGUGACAAGAGGCAAGUACGAUGCCGUUUCAUAUUAAAAAGAGAAGAGACUCGAAGCUUCUUCUGUGAAAAAAGAGAACCCCAGACGAGGAGGUUAGAAGAUUCAUCUUCUUCUUCUUCGAGAGUCUAGAGAGAGAGAGAGAGAGAGAGAGAGAGCUAGUGGGAGAGUUCAGGGUUUUUGGGUUAUCUCUUCUCUCUACUUCUUCUUCUUCUUUCUUGUUCAUGUAUCUCGGAUUGGGGUUAGUUCGAGGGUGAGUGAGUGUAAUCUCCAUUGUAAACACAAGUGUAACUCUUGAUUGAUUAUAGUGAAAGAUCGUGAGGAGGAAGCUCCUGACCGAGACGUACCUCAGAGUUGCCAAUUGCAACUAGAGGGAACUCGUAAAUCAUGGUGCACUCGUUUAUGUUUA